AUGGUUGGAAUCACUAAGAACAUCAUCGCCAUCACCGCUGCUCUCAGCUUCUUCGGCGCUGCCGUCGCAGCCCCAGCUCCAGAAGUUGACUAUGCUAAGCUCAUCGAGGUCGCUCCUGGCUACCCAACCGUUGAGGAGCUUGGUCUCACCAACGCCGACUUGACCAAGCCUGUCCCAGAGCUCGAUGCAAUCGUUGCACGAGACAUGCUCCAGAAGCGAUACGAGCCACGAUGCUGGGGUGAACCACGAUGCACCGUUAACGAUGCUCGUGCUUGCUACAACUACUUGAACAGCAUCGGUGGUAACAGAUGCGAAGUCCGUGGAAGAGUCCAAAUGUGUAAGAUGGGAGGUUGCGCCUGGGAUGCCCGCACCAUGAACAACGCCUUCGCUUCCUCUUCUUGCCGUGAUGCCGCUCUCGGUGGUGCCUGGGUUCUCAACAACUGUAUCUCCAACAACCGUGUCGCUGGUAGCAACGCUGCUUUCGGCAAUGGUAACUUGAUCGUCGACAUCAUUGGAAGGUAA